GGUGUCUAUGCUUGUCCACUGCUUGAUCUGUGUCACCAGUGCUAUGUAGACGUCAUAACAGAGUUCCCCAUGGCAGAUGGACAUUUGUAUGAUUUACCAAGUAAAGAAGAAAUCUGGGUGCAGCAACAAUGGAAAACUGUGGACUGCAGGGAUAAACUGAACGAGGAUUGUAGGUCAGAACAGGAACAAAAUAAUCUAGAACACUCAUCCCAUUCUGAUGUCUCUGCGUGGAGCUCUACCAGUCCCAGAAAUGGAAGAAAUGCUGGACUGUUUCCCGAAUGGCAUUUACCUUUAACGAUAGCCUUAGUUCUGGCACUCAUUGUGUCUAUUUACACUUUGGCCAGAGAAGUGCUGCACCCAUUCCUUAUGAACAAUAAAAAUGAAUUCUACAGAAUUCCAGUGCUUGUGGUAAACAGAGUUUUGCCUGUGAUCUCCAUCACUCUUUUGUCCUUGGCAUACAUGCCUGGAAUCAUUGCCGCAUUUUUACAGCUUUACAGGGGCACAAAAUACCAAAGGUUCCCAGCUUGGUUGAACACUUGGAUGCUUAGACGGAAGCAGUUUGGACUUCUGUGUUUUUUCUUUGCUGUAAUGCAUGCUCUCUACAGUUUGUCCUACCCAAGUAGAAGGUCCUACAGAUACAAGCUUCUGAACUGGGCUUAUCAGCAGGUUAAACAGCAAAAGGAAAAUGCUUGGGUUGAGCAUGAUGUUUGGAGAAUGGAAAUCUAUGUGUGCCUUGGAAUUCUAGCCCUUGCUGUGCUGAGCAUAUUGGCUAUAGCAUCAGUCCCCUCUGUAAGCACCUCGUUGUCUUGGCGUGAGUUCCAGUUUAUUCAGAGAAAGCUAGGAUAUAUGGCACUGCUCCUUUCCACUCUCCAUGCGCUGGUGUUUGCUUGGAACAAAUGGGUCGAUGUAAAUCAGUUUAUUUGGCACACACCUCCUACCUUCAUGAUAUCUGUUCUACUCCCCAUUAUCGUUCUGCUUUGCAAAGUCAUUCUGCUCCUUCCCUGCCUGGACAAGAGACUACGGAAGAUCAGAUCAGGGUGGCAGUCCAGCAAAAGGACUCAAAACAAAUGUGUGCACUUGUAGCACCUAUUCACAAUGCAGUCUUCUACUUUUGCACAUUGUUUUUUUUAUAUGGUGUUAUUUUUACAAAAUAUUGCAAAAUCCA